AUGCCUCCUGCCGCUAAGAAGAGAAAGACCGAGCCCAAGGCCACCGCCAAAGAGGAAAUCAAGGAAAACGCGCCGGCAGAACCUGCCGCUACCGAACAGCCCGAUGCUGAGGAAUCCACCACAACAACCACAGAGGCAGAAGUCCCAGAAUCAUCCGCAUCAGACGAUGCCGUAUUAAAGGCACAAGAUCGCAUGGCGCGCUUCAAAGCCCUCAAAGCCCGCGCCAAGAGCUCCUCCGACCAAAAUUUCAAAGAAGCGACGCUCGAGUCCCAACGCCUCGCUACAGACCCCAGCCAACUGGCUGCUAUCCACCGCAAGCAGGCCAUAGCCUCGCACAAGCUUCUCAAGGCCGAUGUCGAAGACGCCGGUGGUGACUUUGAGCGCAAGCGCGCGUGGGACUGGACCAUCGACGAGAGUGAGAAGUGGGACAAGCGCGUGAAGAAGAAGGAGGCGCACCGCGACAACAAUGCGUUCCAGGAUUACACUGCCGAGAGCAACAAGAUUUACAAGCGGCAGCUCAGGAAUAUCGCGCCGGAUAUGGAAAAGUACGAGAAGGACAAGAUGGCCGCCAUCGAGCGCGCGGCGGCGUCUGGUGGACUCGACAUCGUCGAGACGGAAGACGGAGAGCUCAUCGCGGUGGACAAGGACGGGUCAUUCUAUUCAACUGCGGACUCUACAACAUUCACACAAAGCAAGCCCGACAAGGCUGCCAUUGACCGACUUGUGGAAGACCUCAGGAGAGCUGAGGAGAACCGAUUGAAGAAGAGGAAGGACCGCAUGGCACAAAACGGCGACGACGGCGACGUCACAUACAUCAACGAGAAGAACAAGCAGUUCAACCAGAAGCUGGCACGCUUCUACAACAAGUACACUGCGGAGAUUAGGGACAGUUUCGAGAGAGGAACCAUGAUUUAA